AUGGCGGCGCUGCCGCCGCUGGCGCUCCGCCGAGAGGGGCCAGGCUUGAGCAUCAACGACCUCACUGACGACCUGCUUUCGGCUGUGCUGGCGGCCGUGCGUGACAGCACGCAGCUGCGGGCGGUCGCGUCGACGUGCCGGCGCUGGGCUGCGCUGCUGCGCGACCGGCUGGAGCUGUGGCACGAGGUGCAGCUGGCCCUGCCGCCCAAGCGCUCCCGAGGCAGAGAUCGGCGAAAUAGCUACACCACACCAUGCGCCCUGGAUGUGGAGCGAGUGGUGGGGUGGCUGGCACGCCGCGCCACGGCGGUGGCCAGCCUCGAGGUGGCCCUGCUGUACCCAGACGCCGAGGCGCUGCUGGGCCUGCUGGUGCCGUCGCUGGCCGACGGGCUGCGGCGCCUGGUGCUGCGUGGCACCUGCAGCGACUGGCCCUUCUUCUGGGUGGACUGGCGCUGGCUGGCGGGCAUGACGCAGCUGGACAGCCUGGAGAUGUGGAAUGCGCUGCCGGGGCUGACGGAGCUGGCGCUGCCGCCGUCGCUUACAGAGCUCGUCAUUGACCGCGUGGGGGAGGCCGACCCUGACACAGAGGGCUGGGACGAGCUGCCAGACUGCUUCACGCGCCUCACCCGCCUGUGCAAGCUCACCCUGGGCACCGCCGCCACCUACCUGCUGCAAGCCGAUGAGGAGAGCGCGUUCACGCCGCUGCGAGCAGCCAGCGGGCUGCGGGAGCUGCGCCUGACAGAGGGCGCGCUGUCGGCGGUCCCCGACGCACUCACCGCGCUCACCAGCCUCACGCUGCUGUCGUUCAGGGGCUGCGACCGGCUGGAGGCGUUUGGCGAGAUGUGCCAGCACAAGGCAGACCCCUUUGCGCCCCUGGCCGCGCUGACCGCGCUGCGAUUCCUGGACUUUGCGCGCUGCGCCCUGGAGCGGCUGCCGCCGCGGCUGGCCAGCCUGCCCCAGCUGCGCACCUUGCUGCUCUCAGACAACCAGCUAACGUCCCUGCCAGCGCCACCCCUCCAGCCAUCGGCGGCGGCAGCGGCGGCGGGGGCCCCUGGACCUGGCAGCGUGAGCUCGCCCUCUCACCGACGGCACCAGCAGCAGCUGCAGCAGCAGCUGGUCGCCAGCCGUGCCGCGGGCGCCGCGACAGCAGCGGCGGCGGCGGCAGCACAAGCUGCCAUGCUGCCGCCGCUGCUAGAGAAGCUGGUGCUCGCCGGCAACCGCUUUGCCAGCCUGCCGGCUGCCGCGCUGGCGGCCUGCUCCUGCCUCACCGAGCUGGACCUGGCUCGCUGCUGGCAGCUGCAGCCCACGCCCGCCGAGUGGCGCGGCCUGCUGGCCGGCCUGCCGCGCCUGCGCCUGCUGCGCCACUCAUGCCCGCUGCUGGCGGCAGAGGAGCGCGGCUAUGGCAGCUCGGCGCGCCUGGCGGCGGCGGCCGGCGGCAGCGUGGACCUGCAGCUCGACUUUCUUUCCAGCUCGGGGCGCUGCUACCGCCCCGUGGUCCAUGCUGGCGGUGGCGGCGACGGCAGCGGCGCCAGCACGAGUGCAGGCGGCGGCGGGGGCGUGUUGGCCGGUGGCGGCAGGAGGGUGCAGAGCUGCGGCAGCAAUCUUUUGGAGCUGGAGACGGCGGCCGCGGCCCUGCUGAGCGCCGGCAUGAGCGCUGGAAUGCGGGCCACGCUGGCAGAGCUUGCAGCCACAGCCAGCGAUGGCGGCGCGGCCGGCGGCGGCCUUCGAGCGCCGCCCAGCUCGAACGUCGCCGGCGGCACUGGCAGCGGCUGA